GCCGCCAGGAGCGAGCGGACGGUUACGGAGUUUUUAAUGUCCGCCAUGUUGGCCAUGGCGUACUGAGCCGGGGAGAGAGAGAGCGGAGCAACGGGAAAAAACACAUCGAGAGGGAGCGACCGAGAUCCGGGCCUUCCCGGCGUCGUCCUGGAGAGCACCACGGACGCAUCAAUGAAAACUAAAACUGGAGCGGCUGCGCUUUUUAUGGGAUCGCGUAGAUUUAUGCUGCGUCUUUAAUCAUAAGAAUGAGUAAACUGUCGUUUCGGGCGCGGGCGCUGGACGCCGCCAAGCCUCUACCCGUCUUCCGCUGCGAGGAUUUACCCGACCUGCACGAAUAUGCCUCCAUCAAUCGGGCAGUACCGCAAAUGCCGACCGGGAUGGAGAAGGAAGAGGAAUCGGAACACCACCUCCAGAGGGCCAUAUCAGCCCAGCAGGUGUACGGGGAGAAGCGGGACAACAUGGUGAUCCCCGUACCACAGGCAGAGAGCAACAUCGCCUAUUACGAGACGCUCUACCCUGGGGAGUUCCGGAUGCCCAAGCAGCUCAUUCACCUACAGCCGUUCAGUCUGGACACAGAGCAACCAGACUAUGACUUGGAUUCGGAAGAUGACGUGUUUCUGAACAAGCUGAAGAAGAAGAUGGAGAUCACUCCUCUGCAGUUCGAGGAGAUGGUAGACCGUCUGGAAAAGGGUAGUGGACAGCAGCUGGUGACCCUGCAAGAGGCCAAGCUGCUGCUGAAGGAAGAUGACGAGCUCAUCCGCGAGGUGUUUGAGUACUGGACGCGCAAGCGGAGGCCCUCCGAGAGCAUCUCCCUCCUCUCCGGCAUCAAGCAGGAGAAGCGUGAUGGUUCCAGCACCAAUGAUCCCUAUGUGGCCUUCCGCCGGAGGACGGAGAAGAUGCAGACACGCAAGAACCGCAAAAACGACGAGGCAUCGUACGAGAAGAUGCUGAAGCUGCGCCGGGAUUUGAGCCGGGCCGUCACCAUCCUGGAGAUGAUCAAGCGCAGGGAGAAGAGCAAGCGGGAGCUUCUGCACCUCACGCUGGAGAUCGUGGAGAAGAGGUACAGCAUGGCCGACUUCGGCGGCGAGGUCAUGGCAGAGGUGCUGGCCCAGAGGGCCCUGGUGAAACCUACAUACCCCAUUCCCAUCAUUCCACUGUCCAGCAGCAACCAGCACAGGCACCAGGAUCACAUGGAGAUGAAGGAGUACAAAGCUAAGCCUGAGAAGACAGAAGUCGUCAGGACGAAACGGAAAUAUGAGAAGAAGCCCAAAGUCUUACCACUGUCGGCUUCUGUGCCGCAGCAGACAAGUCCGUCCGUGUUCAGUGUGAAGGACCUGAACCAGUACGAUUUUCCCAGCUCAGACGACGAGCCCUUCUCCCAGCAGCAGAUUCAAUCAGGUUCCUCCGAUGCCGAGGAGGAGAAUGACCCAGACGGGCCCUUCGCUUUCCGGAGGAGGGCUGGCUGUCAGUACUACGCUCCUCGGGAAGCCCAGGGUGCCAGCGGCUGGCCGUGGUGCAGCCCUUCCGAAGGAGGUCUGGGUGAUGUGCUCUACAGAUACUGCCUCACCUCUUUGUCGGUGCCCAGGCGCUGCGUGGGCUUGGCACGGCGGCGAAUCGGCCGGGGGGGCAGGGUGUUAUUGGACAGGGCGCAUACGGACUUUGACGAUUCGAUCGACGGGCCAGAUCCAGAGCAGCUGGUCCCCUUGCCCCGCAGCUUGGCUGAUGACCCCACCGGUACCUCAGACACAAAUACCUCCGACAGAGGCCCUUCUCAUGACCUCAACCGCAUCCUGUCCAACAUCAAAGCGUCCCGCUGGAGACACUUCCGGCCCCGGACGCCGCCACCACAAAAUGCACAUGGAGGGGAGGCCCAGUCCCAUCGCCCAUGCCAGGGAUUGAGCCGGCUGUCUGCGGCACAAUCCGGAACCUUGGCAGGGGGACCUCCCUCCCAAAACAGGAGGGGUGGGAGCACUGCGGCAUUCCCUGCUGUCACAGCUGAGCAGUACCAGCAGCACCAAGAGCAGCUGGCCCUCAUGCAGAAACAGCAGCUGGCGCAGACACAGCUGCAGCUCAGCAGCAGCACGCAGGGUUUGGUGUCGAAGACACUGGACUCUGUCAGCGCCCAGUUUGCUGCCUCCGCUUUGGUGACAAAAGAGCAGCUGAUCAGCUCCAAGCCCAAAGAGGAGGUGGUGCUCGGAGCCGGUGUGAAUGGUGUGGUUCAGGCCUCAGGUAGGUCCAUAUGCAGGUCCUGUAAGCCCAAAGAGGAGGUGGUGCUCGGAGCCGGUGUGAAUGGUGUGGUUCAGGCCUCAGGUAGGUCCAUAUGCAUGUCCUGUAAGCCCAAAGAGGAGGUGAUGCUUGGAGCCGGUGUGAAUGGUGUGGUUCAGGCCUCAGGUAGGUCCAUAUGCAGGUCCUGUAAGCCCAAAGAGGAGGUGAUGCUUGGAGCCGGUGUGAAUGGUGUGGUCCAGUCCUCAUUUAGGUCCAUAUGCAGGUCCUGUAAGCCCAAAGAGGAGGUGGUGCUUGGAGCCGGUGUCAAUGGUGUGGUUCAGGCCUCAUUUAGGUCCAUAUGCAGGUCCUGUAAGCCCAAAGAGGAGGUGGUGCUCGGAGCCGGUGUGAAUGGUGUGGUUCAGGCCUCAUUUAGGUCCAUAUGCAGGUCCUGUAAGCCCAAAGAGGAGGUGGUGCUUGGAGCCGGUGUGAAUGGUGUGGUUCAGGCCUCAUUUAGGUCCAUAUGCAUGUCCUGUAAGCCCAAAGAGGAGGUGGUGCUUGGAGCCAGUGUGAAUGGUGUGGUUCAGGCCUCAGGUAGGUCCAUAUGCAGGUCCUGUAAGCCCAAAGAGGAGGUGGUGCUCGGAGCCGGUGUGAAUGGUGUGGUUCAGGCCUCAUUUAGGUCCAUAUGCAGGUCCUGUAAACCCAAAUUUUUAUCACUGUCAGCUUUGAACCGAAAAGUGAAGAUGGCCCUCAUUCUGCUGCUGUUCCUGAUGGAGUCUCUCUUCUUCCCCCCAGGAGUGUACAAGGGCUUACAUCUCUCUAGCACUACGACAGUCCCGCCUCCCAUGAGCCAGCCAGUGGCAGCCGGCUCCACCUUCCCUCAGCCAGCCACGAACAGCAGCAGCAGCAGCAGCAGCAGCACUAAUGCUGUUGCCAUCUCUGCCAGCGAGCCUGCUCACCACACGCCCGCCGCCAACUCCACUACUCAGGUCCUGAUCGGGAACAGUAUGCGCUUGGGUUUGCCCCCUCCAGGGGGCGCCGUCGCCACCCUGAACACGCGGCAUCCACCCAGGACUAUAGGCGCGGUCCCGUCUGCCUUAAAGCUGGCCGCGCCCACGAACUGUCAGAUGCCCAAGGUCGCCGCCACCUCAUCCAUGGACAUGGUGCCAAGGGAAAACCAUGAGCAGGAGAAGGCAGCACUGAACAGUAUAGCGGACACCACGGUGGUCAUGGAGGUCACGUAGUGGCAGGUGGCCCUGCUCGCGGGGGCCCCCUCUAGGUGCUGUGCAUCGUAGCAUUCGGACCGUGGUGGCGUGCAGUGCAGCGUCUCCAUGGCGACCCCCGGGACUUAAUGGCAAUUCUCAUCUCUCAUGCUUUUAAUUUUUUUUUUGUUACUGUUAGGAGGAAAUCUGCGACUGUAAAUACGAAUAUGGUAAUUAUAUGUACAGUACUGCAUAUUUGUAAUAUCCCUUGUAUAUACGUUACUUGAAUACAGAACCGUUCAUUUGUGAUGUUUUGCACUUGGGAAAAAAAUAGAAAACUGGUGAGUGAGACGAGAGGGUUGUACAGAGAUAUGUCAUCACGUUGUGCAUGGUGAGCAACCUGCUGUUUUAUCUAUUUAUUGUGCUGUGUUUACAGGUUUUUCUUUUUGUUUUGAUUUUGUUUUUUUUUUGUACACUGUACCCUCAUUGGUUCCUGUGCUGUAGUGAAUGUUAGGUAGCUAUGGACUCCUGUAAUUUUGUAUAUCGUGAAUUUUGGCUCGGUCCCCCUUGGGCUCCUGAGGUUUCUGUGUAGUGUGGAUUCAGUGGUGAUGUAUGGAAUUGCCAGGGUGGGGGGG